CUCAAAGCAUUUUGUUUAAAUAAAUUUGGGUCAAUAUCAUUAAUAUCGUAACAAUGGAAAAAUAGAAUAUCUAAAAGCUGAAAAAUCUGUAGCUCUAAAGGAAUGAGCUGCUUCAUCAUAAUCUUGUCCACCAGGUUUUUCGGUUCUGGGAUGUUGCAUUCCUUGUGUGGCCAGACAGCUACAUUCAUAGAGGCAGCAGAACCUGAAAGGUCAACUCCUUGAGGGCAGUAAAUACUUCCCUAAACAACACACCAUGGCAACAGCAAACACACGCACCACCCUUUUAAUCUCCUGCCAUACCAGGACAGCAGCAAGGAGGAAGAGGAUGACCUCACCAGGAAGUGAAUGUCUCUAUGUUUGCAUAAUCAGCUGCACCUGUGUUAGGACAGCCUGCUCUUGGGCUGCAGAUCCAACAGGGCCCCUGUUCCCGACAGGCAGCGCAACUUCACGUGUCUUUCUGCACCAGAUGUGAGGCAGGAAUUCAGACCUUGUCCCACUUCCAAUUCCUAAUCUCCUCUGAGGCUGGGAAAGGUCCUCCUCCUACCUGCAGAGGAGGAGGAGGCACAGUCUGUCGUUGUGGUGUGCAGGGCGGGGCCACAGUGGUAGAGAGAUUGUAAGAAUUGGAGGUGUGCAUUCCCAGCUGCUUUCUGCCACCGGGAAGGAGCACAGGAAUACUGCAUUCUGGCAGGAGCCAGUGGACUAUGAGGAGGGGCAAACAAGGGAAACUGCUGCUUUUACUCCACAGCCCAAGCCUGGGAUUUAUCCCAUACCUGGGUCACACUAACAUAUAGAUCACUCAUUCGUCUGAGGUUCUUUAAAUCCCGACACAAGGACGCUGUUUGGACAGCCUGCUCUUAGCAAAGAACCUCGCAACGUGUUAAAGUUUCACCCAGAGCAGUGACUGUGCCAUGCUGCGGUGAUCCAGGGAGGUUUUGCUGAGCACAUGGAGCUGAAGGUGUGGGUAGAUGGAGUGGCACGAGUGGUGUGCGGCCUGUCGGAGGAGACGUCAUGCCAGGAGGUGGUAAUAGCAUUGGCCCAGGCAAUCGGGAAGACAGGCCGUUAUGUACUGAUUCUGAAACUGCGAGACACUGAGAGGCAGCUGCUGGCCAAUGAAAGACCGUUGGAGUCGCUGGCCAAGUUAGGACAACACAGCGCGGACGUGCAGUUUAUUCUGCGGAGGACGGGCCCCAGCGCCAGCGACGGUCAGCAUACUGAGCGGACUCUUGCCAGGGACAGCUUCCCUUUGCCCAGGCCGGCUGAGCCAGAGCCCCCAAAACGCAAGGAACCCAAAAAGUCCUUGACCUUCAACUUGGGCCCCACAGGCCCUAGUUCCCCACGAACGAGAUUGAAGCAGUACAAACACAGCCUAAAGGACUCACAAGAGCAAGUGGCUCCUGUCGCGUCGAAGGAAGAUGUCUUCAGGCAGGUGCUGCUCCAGCAGGAGAGACUCCAGUCCCUGGAAUCCCAGCUGGAGUCUCUGGAGUCAGAGAUCCAGUCGUGGGAGCAGCCUCCCCCCGGCUGCAAGCUGGAGGACGAGCUCCUUCUGAUGGAGCAGACUGUGCGGCGCAAUGGGGCAGAGCUGGCCCAUGAGGAGUUCUGGGAGACCGAGCUGCAGCUGGAGCAGGAGAGGGAGCAGGACAUGCAGAGGCAGAUUGCAGACCUGCAUAGGAUGCUGGAGGACUGCGGGAUCAAGCUCCAGGACUUCACCACCAAGUCCAGGGCCCUGGAGCAGGAGAUCUCGCAGGAGAGGAUGGGGAGGACUAGGAAAGGCAAGUCCGCCAGCCCAGAGGAGACCAUUUCCCUCGUGAAGGCUGAGAUACACAGCCAGUACAAGCAAAACGUGGAGCUGGAGACCUCCCUGAGUGAGACCGAGAGAGCCUUGGUCAAAACCGAGGCCAUCCUGCAGGCAAAGAACGAGGAGCUGGACGAGCUGAACAAGGAGCUAAGGCAGUGCAACCUACAGCAGUUCAUCCAGCAGACCGGCACUCCAGGCGCCCCGCCACCCCGCGGAGAGCACCACGCCCUGCCGCCUCACGCCCAGCCUGAUGGCCUCGCCAGCGCAGGCUCUUCGCUCUCCAGCUUGGAGUCUCCCCCUCGGCCCACAGCGAAGCAGUUCCUGGGGAACCCCCGAAACCUGCAGAACCCACUUGUGGCCAGCCUGAACCCCGAGGUCCUAUCAUCCAGAGAGACUUCGUGGAGAUAAAACAGGGCCAGCACGUGGAGGAAAUGUUCACUGUUCACUUUAUAUCACAAUAUAUUUAACCUUAUUAUUGUCAUUUUCUUUGUAAAAUUGAUUUAUUUCUGUGAAUUAUUACUUUAUGUAUAUAAACUUAUUAAAAAUUGCUUAUGUGUUUUA